AUGGAACCUGUGAAUGAAGAGUCUCAUGUUUCUUUUCCCUUCCUAAACCUCAUUAUUUCAAUUUCUCCCAGGGACCAACACCCACGAAUUGGGGAUAUCCUGCAAAAACUGGCUCCCUUUCUCAAGAUGUAUGGCGAGUAUGUGAAGAACUUUGACCGUGCCAUGGAACUGGUAAACACCUGGAUGGAACGCUCAACACAGUUCAAGGGCAUUAUCCAUGAAAUACAGCGGGAAGAGAUAUGUGGGAACUUGACCCUGCAGCAUCAUAUGCUGGAACCGGUCCAGAGAAUCCCUCGCUACGAGCUGCUUCUGAAGGACUAUCUCCUGAAACUGCCCCAGGACUCGCCUGACUGCAAGGAUGCCCAAAAAUCCCUGGAACUUAUUGCGACUGCUGCAGAACACUCCAAUGCAGCCAUCCGCAAAAUGGUAAGAGUGGGUAGAAUGAUAGUUAUCAAAGGCCAGCUGUCUGGAUUUUCUUUUUCUUAUUUGAAAGCAUGUAAAUGCGAGCAGAUUAAGAGGACUGAAGAAGAAAAGCGAGACUGGAUCCAGGCGAUACAGGCUACAAUUCAGAAACAUGAGCAGACGUUGGAAAUGUUCAAGCAGAUUGCCAGCGAAGAUGAAACGCCGCCUAAUUCACCAGGUUGUGAAUUGGGCCGAAGGGCUCCCACGCCAAUCCGAGAAAAAGAGGUGACUUUGUGUAUGCAAUGCAAAGAGCCCUUCAACGCUCUCACCAAACGGAGACAUCAUUGCCGGGCCUGUGGCCAUGUUGUUUGUGGAAAAUGCUCCGAGUUCCGGGCCCGCUUGGUGUAUGACAACAACCGGCCGAACCGUGUCUGCACUGACUGUUAUUCCAUGCUUCAUGGCUCCCCGGCCAGCCCUGGGCCCCACCCCAACACACCCCAACGCCGAAAAUCCAUUCUGGAGAAACAGGCCUCCGUGGUGGCAGAGAAUAGUGUGAUCUGCAGUUUCUUGCACUACAUGGAGAAAGGAGGGAAGGCUUGGCACAAAGGCUGGUUUGUCAUCCCUGAAAACGAACCUCUGGUGUUAUACAUCUACGGAGCUCCACAGGAUGUAAAAGCCCUGCGCUCGAUGCCCCUGAUUGGGUUCGAAGUCAACCUUCCUGAGCCCAGCGAACGGGUGGACCGGCGCCAUGCCUUCCGGAUCAGCCAGAGCCAUCUGUGUUGGUAUUUCAGCCCUGAGACUGAGGAGCUGCGGCAGCGAUGGAUGGAAGUGCUGAGCAGGGCGGGCCGUGGAGAGGAAGCGAAGACGCCACCUUCAAUUUUGGAGGCCGAUGAGGAUACAGAAGCAGAGAGAACCUAAGGCAUGGGCCUGAGGAACUGGGGAAAAAUGGACUCUGCCCACAUGGGGACCUUGCUCACUAUUCUCUGACCAGUAUACUUGAAACUAUUUCUCCUUCUUCCUCUCUUAGCACUUUCUCAGUUCUUUUUUUGUCAGCAUCUGCCAUAGCCAUCUGACCUGUCCUCAGCCAUGAUGUUCUCUGCCAUACCCCAGCCAUAGGGAUAAAGCACAUGCACUGAGAUCUGCUCCGGGCCAGUUCUUCCCACACCAUAGCAUGCAGUAACCCACACACCCCUCCAACUUAAGUUCCUUUCAUGUUCUCUUCUAUGCAUGGAAAAACUGAUUUGAGAAAGUGAUCUCUUAAGAAUGUGCUUCCCCCACCCUUCUUUUACCUCUUGGACCAAGAUCUGUUCUUCCAAUUCCCCCACUGCUUAUUUAGCACUUACUGAACUCCAGUGAUUUGGGAAGACAACAAUGGGGGAGCGUCCUUUCUCACCUAUCUGUUUGCCUCUUUGUUUGAUAACUUAUUCCUCUAAUUCCCCAUCUCUUGAGGUUAUGUAGGGUGUUUCAAUCUGUUGCUGAUUCGAUAGGUAGGCAAUUUUUUCCAUUAUAACUUGAAGCCAUUCUAUCAGUCUUGAUUUUUGUGCCAAAUGGGGAGUAAAUCUGGGUUGGGUUAGAUUGAGAGAAGAAAAAAAAAAAGGAUGGCCUUUAACUUUUGUACAGCUUCUCUCGGGGAGAAGUUCUUCCUCAUCACAAGAACUCACGCGUUGGCUGCAUCCCCUUAUUAAUUCUCCGUUACAACUUUGUGGAAUCCUAAGACUGAUUUCAGUUCCACUGAACUCAAAAGCUAUAAAAUCCUCUGGAAACCAUUUGAAUAACGCCCACUGUUCUAAUUUGGCCCUUUUUUUCAAUCAAAUUGAAUGGCAAAAGAGAGCUAUAAUUAGCUACUAUUAAUGUAUCAUCAUGUGGGCGCUUUUGUGUAUUGUUGGACCGGAUCUCCUGUCAUUUUUCAUCACUUGGCCAUAUUGGCAAGAACUGAUGGAAGUUGAGAGUUCUGCAGCCUCUGGAGGGUCAUAUCUCACCUACUGCUGAUCUAAAAAAAGCAUCUAUAAAAUGUCAUCUUUCUGAGGAUCACGGAGCAUAGACAUGCUAAGGGAGAAAGUUACUACAGUGAACUGUAGAGAUGCUAGAGACUACAUACAUUAAGUGGGAAUACAACUAAGAGUUUAGAAGAAUCCAGAGACUUCAAAUCUUAUUCAUUUCAAUGUCGGCAUUUCACCCCAACUUAUUUAAGAACGGGUCUGCGCCCCCAGUGGCUUGUGAACUCUCAAUAAUGGGGCUGGGGAGAUUAGAUUUCUUGGGUCAAAGCAAAGAUGCAGAAAGUUCUCAAAUGUAUCAGCAACUUCUACUCAGGUGGCCCAUGGGAGAGAAUGAGGAAGAGUUGAGAAUAUAUUUUGCCUUGGAAUUCAUUUAAGGGUUGGUGAAAUGCUGAACAGACUCCCAAAGUCUUGGCUUAAGACCCACAAACAUUAGAAUACGGUGCUAGUGCAGUAUUAAUUACUCCAUUAACACAUACCGUAGUCCUCGCCUUAUGACCACAAUUGAGCCAGAUUGCUAAGUGUGACAGUUUAAGUGACUUUUGCCCCAUUUUAUGAUCUUUCUUGUCACAAUUGUUAAGUGAAUCAUUGUAGUUGUGUAGUAACACGAUUAAGGGAACCUGGCUUCUCCAUUGA